AUGACCCGGAGAUCCGCCGCCUGCUUGCGGUGUUGCUUGGUGAUCUUUGCGGUGGUCUCUGCGCUCUGUGUGUCUGGGCCCGCUCUCUACUUCAAGCUCAACAAGCGCUUUAAAUUGAAAGGGGUUUCGGCUUCUUGUCCUCCGUGCAACUGCAAAUGCGCUCCUCCGCAAUCCCUUUUUCAGAUUGUUCCUGGUUUGGCUAAUCUUACUGUUACAGAUUGCGGGAAAGAUGACCCAGACGUAAAGGAAGAAAUGGAGAAGCAGAUUGUAGACUUAUUAUCAGAAGAGCUAAAGCUGCAAGAAACAGUUAGCGGAGAGCACUCCCAGCACAUGAACAUCACUUUAGGAGAAGCCAAGAGAUUGGCUUCCCAAUACCAAAAAGAGGCUGAGAAAUGCAAUGCCGCCACUGAAACGUGUGAGGGCGCCAGAGAAAAGUCGGUGGUGCUGCUGACUCGAGAGAAGAAGAUAACGGCACUGUGGGAAAAGAGGGCCCGACUACUUGGCUGGGAAGAUUCCAAAAACUUAUUCAUAACUGGCUCUGUUCCUGUGGGAAUUCCUGCAAAAACCACUCGUGCACUUAGGAGACACUUGUACUUCGAUCCUGGAUGGUCGUGUGGCGCGUUCCCAUUGGUCGAACCCAUUGUACCGACCUCAUCAGCUGCAGCAUAA